GCAGUUUAAGGAAAAUAACAACCUGCGACAUCUAUAAAAAAAAUUUAAACUGGAACUACUACUCAGUUACUAAUAUUAUCUUUUUGACAUAUAUUUUUUUCUACUAAAUUUUUAAUGGCAACGAACUUUAUGUUUUGAGAUUUGAAUGCUGCAUGUUGUGUUUCAAAAUUUUUCUACAGAUACGAAAAUAGUGGUUUUUACUGUUUUUAACUAAAAUGGUGCAAAAGAAAGUUGCUAAAAAAGUAAAGGCUACACCUACUCCUUCACUUAAAGUUACAAAGAAACAAGAAAAAAAACCACUAAGUAAUGGUUAUAAAACUCAACUUAAUACAGAAAAUGUUGACUCUUCGGAUUCAUCGAAGCAAAUAGAAUCUGUUCCACCAAAAAAAUCUCUAGAAAACAGUGGGCAAGAUAAAGCAGAAGAAACAGCUUCAGAUAAAGGAAAAUCCAGUAAAAUAGUAGUACCUAGUUCUCCGAAAACUUCUUCAGUCGACAAUCCUGAAGAAAAAGACUCUGAGGAUAAUCCUAAGGAAGUUGAAGAAUCUGAAGAAAUGGUUUCAUCAAAUAAAGGAAAAUCUCGUAAGAGAAAGCAAGAAAAAGCGAUUCCGGGUUCUUCCAAAGGAACUCCUGAAAAGGUUGCCAAAACUGAAGAAAUAGCUUCAUCUAGUAAAGAAAAAUCUCAUAAAAGAAAGCAAACUGUGAAAGUUAUUCCUAAAGCAAAGAGCAAUGUAAAGAAACAAGAUGUUGCUUUGGAAGUCCCUUCAUUAAGUUCCGUCUCCGGCAAAGUAUUUGUUGUGGGUGAAAAUGGUGCUGGACAGCUCGGGCUGAGUGAUGAUGUUAAUUACACAGAAAAACCUUCUCAAUUAGAUUCCUUAAAAUACUCCAUUGUUGACAUUGCAGCCGGGGGUAUGCAUUCUGUUUGCCUGACAGAAAAUGGAGAAAUCUUGACCUUUGGUUGUAAUGAUGAAGGAGCACUAGGCCGAAGAACUUCUUGUGACGAAGAAGAGUACAUGCCUACAAAAGUAGAAAUACUAGAAAAAAUAGUGCAAGUUUCAGCUGGAGAUUCCCAUACAGCUGCAUUGGCAGAAUCUGGACAAGUCUAUCUGUGGGGAAAUUUUAGAUGUGCAGCCGGGCAGAUGGGUUUAAGAGCUGAUGGUCAACCUUGCCCAACACCUGUCAAAGUAUUGAUAGGGAAGACGAUUGUGAAGAUUUCUUCCGGAGCCGAUCAUCUUGCGUGUCUGUCCAAAGAUGGUACUGUAUAUACUUGUGGUUGUGCAGAACAAGGUCAGCUCGGUCGAGUUAAUCCGAGGUCAUGUCAGGAGGGUGGCCGUGUAAAGGGUCUGGCCGCUUUACUGGAACCUGAUGUUAUUUUUAUGAAGCGCCGAUUACUAAUUACUGAUGUCUGGACUGAAUCCCAUGCCACUUUCUUGAAAGCUCAACAAUCUAUAUAUGCAUGUGGUCUAAAUAACUACAAUCAACUAGGCUUACAAAAUAGAAACAGUGAUCAAGAAAACCAGAUGGUGUUCUUUCCUCAACAUAUUCCUUCUUUUAGUGAUAAAAAUUGGCAACAGAUUAAUGGUGGACAACACCACACUUUAGCUUUGGACAGCAGUGGUACGGUUCAUGCUCUAGGACGUCAAGAUUAUGGUAGGUUGGGCUUAGGAGUUUGUGAAGACAAAUCAUCACCUACUGUCGUUCCUAAUCUAGAAAAAUGCAGCAACAUAUCUUGCGGAAAUUGUGUGUCGUAUGCUGUUACUGAGAAAGGUGAAUUCUUUUCUUGGGGAAUGGCUUCUAGCCAGCUAGGGCAUGGAGAAAGUGCCAAUGAGAAUGAUAUUAACUCACCUCGCCUUGUUAAAGGAAAGAAAGAAGAAUUACAAAAUUCCUGGCAAGUUCUAAAGGUAGCAGGAGGGGGACAGCAUGCACUUAUAUUGGCGUGUCCAAGGAAAGGCAGCAGUAAAGAUAAAACAGUGUAGCAGCAUUUAUCAUUUAGUUUUAAAUUUUAAGAUGGAUCAAAAUAAAAAUAUUUUAUUAACCUGGUGUGCUUUCAAUUGAACUGUACAUCAGUUAUACAAUUUUAAUAAUCAUAAUUCUUAUUCCAAAAUAUUUAAUUUACUAUUUCACUCUUUAUAUCAAGUGCUGCCUGUUCAGUGUUUCAUAAUUUAUAAAUAAAUAAUGUAAAAUAAAGAGUGUAUUUUCUUA